GAAGAAGCGAUUCAAAAGAGUCAUUUGUUCUGGAAUCGGACUAGUCGAGCUGUAUGAUUUUAAUUAAUUAAACAAAGAAUAGUUCGGUGCUGUUUGUUAUUUUCAAUUCAUGAAUCUUUCCUUAGACCAAUUCGUUAUAGAAAAACAAACAUAAUGUCAGAGUUAGCCAGGUUCUUAAAAUAUUAUUUACUAACCCAACCUGAUACUGUAAAAUUUACAGUAUCAGGUUGGGUUAGAUAUUUAGAUUUUUUCAAGCUGGACUCUUAAGUCACUCACAAUUUAUGAAUGUCAUUGCAUAAAAUACUAAGCCAUAUGUUAUUACGGAUAUUAAUCUAAAAAAAAAAAAAAAAAUAGUAGUGGAUGAAUGACACAGUUCAAAAUAAAAUUAUUGGGCAAAUUAAAUAUAGGCUAUUACUGUUUCAUAAAAAUACCAAACCAACAAAAGUAUGGACAUAUACGCUAUUUUAUUCACAAAAUGAUUUGAUUCACAAAAAUUGGCUCAUAAAAGUCAUUCGUUUUGAGAAUCAGACUACGCUGGUGCAUGUUUCUGAUUCACUAAAAAGAACCACUCAUAAAGUCAUAAAAAACUGAACUGCUUCUGAAUGUUUCAGCCCUAUUUGUCAGUAAAUAGUUUGAUAAACAGGGGUGCAACCAUACAAAAUGUAGGCUAAUAUGAAGAACAGUAUAAUUUAAUUUGUAAAUUAGGCAUGCUUUCUUAAAGAGAGCUGUGAUGAAAAACAGGACGAAUUCCUUCUAAAUAUUGUCUAGCAACGCAUACGGACAAGUGUAUAGUUAAUGUUAAAAUAAAAAGUGUGGUAUGUGAAAAAGAAAGAGAAUCUAUGUGUGCAUCUUUGGAGGGAGGGCUGCGCUGAAUAAUGAAUAAUGGCUGGGUUUGUGCUCACAGCUGACUGAAUUAAACAUGAAGCCAACACUAGCAAACUCACAGUUCCGCAGAUCGAGUUUCAAACAGGAUUCCCCAGGUAAGAUGCUUAAGGGGCGUUGAUGUCAUUGUACGGAAGUGAGUUGGACCACACUGCUGGGCACAGAUAGCAGUGCCACUGAAGACAAUAGGAGGACAUCGUGGGAGUUUCAACAGGAAUUCGGACUGAGCUGGAGCAUCACCGGCACUUGGGAUGUCGCAUCAGACUGGUAUCCAUGCAACUCCAGACUUGAGAGAGUUCCUCAUGAAGGCGAGAAGAGGAGCUGUCAGAGCGAUGAAGAUUGUUAUAAGGAGCGAGCAGCUGGUGUUGGGAGCGUACAGAGAGGUUUCUCAGAGCUGGGAUCAGGACUAUGACGCAUGUGUCCUGCCCAUGCUGGACGGCCUAGAACCCUGUUAUAUCCUCUACCGCCUCGACUCACAGAACCAGCUGGGAUAUGAGUGGCUGUUUAUCUCCUGGUCACCAGACCAGUCACCAGUGAGGUUAAAGAUGGUGUAUGCUGCUACCCGAGCCACACUGAAGAAAGAGUUCGGAGGAAGUCACAUAAUUGAUGAGCUGUUCGGAACAGUCCAGGAAGACAUCUGUUUCCAAGGUUAUCUACGACAUCUAUCCUCCUCCUCCAGCCCGGCCCCCCUCACCACUGCUGAGCAACAACUCCAUCAGAUUAAAAUAACAGAGGACAAAGUGGCACGGGACGAGCGAAGACGAGUUGCCACCGUAAGUGGACAAGCAAAGACAGAGAUCAGCGUGGAGAGUAAAAAUCCAACUUUACAGGGUUUGGCGUUCCCAUUGCAAGAGGAGGCUAAGCAUGCUUUACAGCAACUUAAACACAAACGCAUCAAUUACAUUCAACUAAGGCUGGACACUGAACGAGAGACAAUUGAGCUGGUCCACACUAGUCCUACAGAGACCAAAGAGCUGCCAAGCAGAAUCCCCACUGAUGCCCCACGAUACCACUUCUUCCUGUACAAACACACCCAUCAAGGACAGCCUCUGGAAGCUGUAGUUUUCAUCUACUCCAUGCCUGGGUACAGUUGUAGCAUCAAAGAAAGGAUGCUCUACUCCAGCUGUAAGAAUCGACUGCUGGAUGAGGUAGAGAGAGACUAUCAUAUAGAGAUCGCCAAAAAGAUGGAGAUUGAUAGUGGAGAGGGGCUGACGGAGGAUUUCCUGUAUGAAGAGGUGUACCCGAAGCAGCACGCUCUGAAACAAGCCUUCACCAAGCCAAAGGGCCCUACAGGGAAACGAGGGAACAAGCGUCUAAUCAAAGGAGCAGGAGAGAAUGGAGAUGAGAGCUAGAAUCAUACUGUCAACAAAUGUAAAAUGACACUGGGUACACAUUUAAUUUCACCCUCAAUGGUCUGUAGCCUAUUUCUUGUCUGAGCUUUCCAUUUCAUUGUUAG